UAAAAGUAGUGCAUUUACCAAUACAACUGAACAAACAGUACUGUGAGCUCAGCUUAAGCUUUGUGAUUUAGCUGUAACAUACAACAUGUAGCUGUACUUUUUUUAGAGAUCCAUAAAUAAAUUUAGCAAAAGAAAAAUAAAAGCUUUCAUCGUUUGCUCUGAUCUUUGUCCUUUUAACAGCCAUGAGAAAUUCCCUUUUGUUUUUCACUUUCAUAGCUCUUUUUAUUGCUUAUUUUCUAUUUCAGGUACAUGCCGCUGCCCCUGCUGGGCCGUUGAUAAAGCACUUGAAUUCUCUACUCAAAUGGUCUAGGUCUACCUCUAAAACUCCCCAAUCAGAUGGGAAUAUUCUUCAAUUUGAAGAUGGCUACUUAGUUGAGACUGUUGUUGAAGGAAAUGGACUUGGUGUUGUUCCAUAUAAGAUCCGUGUCUCACAUGAUGGUGAACUAUUUGCUGUUGAUGCUCUUAAUAGCAAAAUUGUUCGAAUUACUCCCCCAUUAUCUCAGUAUAGUAGAGCAAGAUUGGUUGCUGGUUCAUUUCAAGGUCACACUGGCCACGUGGACGGGAAGCCAAGUGAUGCUCGUUUUAAAGAUCCAAAAGGAGUUACCAUGGAUGACAAAGGAAAUAUUUAUGUUGCUGAUACUGCUAAUUUGGCUAUUAGGAAGAUUGGAGAAGCAGGCGUGACAACAAUUGCUGGAGGAAAGUCUAAUGUUCCAGGAUACAGGGAUGGGCCAAGUGAGGAUGCACAAUUCUCAAGCGACUUUGAUGUUAUAUACAUUCGGCCAACUUGUUCAUUACUUGUUGUUGAUCGAGGAAAUGCUGCUCUUAGGCAAAUUUCUCUCAGCCAGGAAGAUUGUGACUACCAGUACAGCUCAGUAUCAACCAUAGAUAUUGUCAUGGUUAUUGGUGCUAUUUUAAUAGGGUAUGCUGCGUGUAUGCUCCAGCAGGGAUUUGGUUCCAAGAUGCAAGUACAGGUGGAAGUGGAGCAACAGGAACCUUCUUUAAUCAAGGAGAAGCCCACUCCUGUUGUUGAAAUUGUUAAA